AUGCCGGAUACAGAGGUUGCAGUCGAAAACCCGUAUCCUUUGCAGCCUUUGCAGCCCUCGCAGCCUUCACAGGUGCAGGCGGCGCAGGUGGCGGUGGCGGCCUGCAGUUCGACCCUGCUGUCGAUGGCUCAGCAACGGGGAACUCUUUUGGCCUGGGGACAGGCUGCAAGUCGCAAGAGGCCUAGCGCUGCUGCUCCCUGUCAGCGAGCCCUUACAGCAGCCGCGAUGAGAAAUCCAAAGAUCAAGGAGUAUAUGCAGGACCAGGAGCUGAUGCAGAAGGUGCAGAUGCUUGCCUCACUCCCAGGGCAAAUGCAGCAGCAGAUGAUCAUGCAGAUGAUGAACCAGGACAAAAGAGUACUAGAGCUCUUCAUGGCCAUGCAGGGUAUCGACGUGAGCACCAUGAGUGGUGAGGACUUCGACAAGCCGGAGGAGUCGCGUCCUCCCCCCAAGAAGAAGGAUGAGCCGAAGAAGGAGGAAGCUCCGCCAGAGGACAACAGGACGCCCGAGCAAAAAGAGGCGGAUGACUGGAAGGGCAAAGGCAAUGAGCUGUACAAGAAGAAGCAGUUCAAGGAAGCCUUGGAGAUGUACGACAAGGCCAUCGCUCUUGUGCCGGACGACAUCACGUACCACAACAACAGGAAUGCCGUCCUCAUUGAGAUGGGUCCAGAGCACUAUGACCAGGUCCUCAAAAAUUGCCAGGACCUGAUUACCCGAAGAUACGAGAUCAACAGUGCCAACCCUGGCGGUGCCUCCUUCGAGAAGGUGGCCAAGGUGCUGACGCGGAUGGCAUCGGUUUACGAGAAGCAGGGCAAGUACGAUGAGGCGAUCGAAAUGUACGGCAAGGCCCUCACCGAGGACAACAAUCGGACCACUCGCAACGCCAUGCGGGACUGUGAGAGGGCGAAGGAGAAACACGAGAAAGAAGCUUACCUCGAUCCAGCGAAGGCCGAGGAGCACAGAGAAAAGGGCAACGAGUACUUCAAGGAUAAGAAGUACGUCGAGGCUAAAGCCGAAUAUGACGAAGGCCUCAAGCGCAAUCCCAAGGACCUUGGAAUUCGCGAGCAGUUCUGA